AUGAGUACAACUGGGAAGCGGCUGUAUUGGCGUACAAUUACUACAGACUGGGAGAGGGAUGCAUGUGGAAGGCAAGGACCGUGGCAGGCAGCUGCUUGGAUACUACAGUACUUCCUUUACAUUAUUGGUUGGGAAGAGGUGUCCACCUACACAGAGGUCAUGCCUCUUUCCAGUCGUUUCUUCCCCCGCCAAGGGAACCAGCAUCCAGAUCCAUACAAGCGCGAUCUUGACCGCAUGGUCGCCGAGGACAUCAAGUAUGUCUGCUAUGCUGCGCAUCGGGAGAUGGUUAAGUUUGGAUGCUAUCUUCCGGAGCGCGUCAUGCGGCAGUUUGGAUUUGAGCAGACGAUACCUCGCGAUCCUACUGCCUCAGCUCCUAUCUCCAUGACCCGCAUGCAGUUGGAGGAGGUAUUCGCAGAUUGGGAGCAACAUGUGGUCCAUGAGGAGGCACGGGCGAUGCCACCAGAUCAUGAUUGGAGCUGUGUCGAGGGAUACAUCUCCUGGUACUACAAAGUCUCACACCCUACAUGCUUCCAGCCAGAGUCGUCUCAAGCUUUUGGAGGCCCUGUGUAG